AAGUCUUUGGUAGGUUUUCCGAAAAGGAGGGGUUGGGACGUAUUUUGUUUCUAUAUUUAUAUUUACCACAGUAUUAAAUGUCUCAUCAGACGGGGAUACGCGCAAAUGACGCCCUCAAAAAGUUUUUUGGGAAAUGCAAAGGAGGAAAUAUUCGUGUAUUUAAGGUCUCUAUAGAGAAUGAGCAACUCUCUUUGGCAAAAUUUAAAGAGGCAGUUGGAACAUGGCAAGAAGAUUUUGACAACUGUAUUCUUCCUCUUGUCGAAGAUGAGCAGCCAUCAUACAUAUUAUACAGGUUGGACUCAAAAAAUACAUCUGGCUAUGAAUGGUUACUUAUUAGCUGGUCACCAGACAACUCUCCUAUCCGCCAGAAGAUGCUUUAUGCAUCAACAAAAGCCACACUUAAACAAGAAUUCGGUAGUGGACAGAUAAAAGAAGAACUUCAUGGUACAACUUUGGAAGACAUUACAUUAAAUGGCUUUAUGCGUCAUAAACAAGCUGCAAAGGAACCAGCGCCUUUGACAACAGCCGAAGAAGAAUUAGCAGAACUCAAACGCACUGAAGUUGGUGUUAGUGUUGAUGCCAGACACCAGACUUUGUCAGGAGUCGCCUUUCCUAUCACAAAAGAAGCUCGCCAAGCCAUUUGUGGAAUGCUUGAUGACACAUACAACUAUGUACAGUUAAGGAUAGAUCUCGAUGAAGAAAAGAUACAUCUUGCCAGUGCUGGAAACGUUCCUGUAGCUAAAUUAAGCCAGAAAGUUCCUACUGAUAGUGCCCGCUAUCACUUAUAUAAUUUCAAGCACACUCAUGAAGGUGAUUACAUGGAAACCAUAGUGUUCAUAUAUUCAAUGCCAGGGUACUCGUGUUCAAUAAAGGAGAGAAUGUUGUAUUCAAGCUGCAAAGGUCCUCUCCUGGAAACGAUUGAGACAGAAAUUGGUCUCUCAGUAACAAAAAAGAUGGAAAUAGAUGGUGGGGAUGAGCUCACAGAAGCUGCGUUGUAUGAUGCAAUUCAUCCAAAAACAAAUCUUCACCAGCCAAAAUUUGCAAAACCAAAGGGCCCACCAAAUCGUGGAGCUAAGAGAUUAACUCGAACCCAGCAAGCUGAGUAACAUUCACAUCGGGCAGCAUGGUUAUGCUGCCUGUCAGGAAGUGAUGGUUCUGCUGGACCACAUGAAGUGUGAAAGUUGACAUGGUCGAACUGCUUCAAAACUAUCAUGCUAAUAUUUGCGGAAAAGCCUUGAAAAAGUAUUUUUUUCUGUGAACAGUAUUUUUGAUAAUGUAACAAGCUGAUUACGUAUAAAAUAUUUGUGUGUGUGAAUGUAAUGAUGCAUAUGUUUCUGUGAUAUUAUUCAGAAGGCACUAAAGUAAAUUAUGAUUGCAAUUAUUCUCCUUAUGGGAACAUCAGUACGUUAAUACUGAAAAAAAUAUAAUAGUGGUACCUUAUUUAUUAUGUAAAUAUUUAAGCUUUUAAACUUUCUUUAUAAAUAUUUUAU